CUCCGACGGUUACCAACAACAACAAGCUCAGGCGGGUUACAGAUUAUCGUGCUCCAAAUAGUAACCGGUUUGCAAAUUUCAACACCUAAAUUUGCAAAAUUGUAACCUCCAGUGAGCCUAUAGCUUCUUUAGUUUUCCACUUCAGUGCUUGUGUACUAAACCAAAAUGGAAGAACCAGCGGAAGGCAAGAAAGAAGAGAAGGAAACUGACAUCAGAAGAUUACAAACAUAUCCACUAAUCAGGCAUUCCGACAUGAACGACGAAAUGAGGACGGAAGCUAUGGAGUUGUGUGUAACAGCCUGUGAAAAAUUUGCAAAUAACAACGAAAAUGCCGCCAAAAUGAUUAAAGAGAGUAUGGACAAGAAAUUUGGUUCAUCCUGGCAUGUGAUCGUCGGUGAAGGUUUCGGAUUUGAAAUAACACAUGAAGUCAAGAAUAUUCUUUACAUGUUUUUUGGUGGUAAUCUUGCAAUUAUGGUUUGGAAAUGUUCAUAGAUAAAGCACAAAAAACCAACUGCCAUUUUGCAUCAUGUAUCUCCAAGUCACACAUACCCCAGACUCUUGCUGUAUUUUUUUUAUUGAAUCAGCCCUGUUGUACAUAUUGCGGUAUUUUUUUACAUACACUUUCAAAUAUGUAGUGCAUUCGACCAAUUAAAUUUGUUUUUUUCUGAAUGAAAAACUUCAACUUAGAAAUAAAAAUUGUCUAAAAACAAGAGCUCAUUAACAUAUUAUUAAGUUUCAUCCUUAUGCUAUGUUGUUAUCUCCAAACAUUUAUUUAGAGUAAAAAAAUAGCUUGUUCCUUAGUGUGAGAAAGGAAAACAUUAAAAAUACAUGUUUUCACAUUUUCUUCAUCUGGAAGAAUUGAAAUUACAAAAUGUUUUUCCCCACAAACUGAAAAACCGUAUUGUGCACAUCAAGCCUUUGGCUUGUAGC